AUGCCAAUUGUUGAACGCUACCCAUAUACGCCUCAGCACCUGCACACCGCUGCCAAGCAAUCCCCUCGACCAGUCACGCGAGCGGUGCUAGAUCUCCUCCCUCCAUCUCUCGCAUUCAACGAUGCCGAGUCAUUGCUCGCGUUCAUCGAGUCGCUCACAUCCCCAAAGCAGCUCGGUUCAGUGUCUUCUUUCGCUAUCAACUUCUCCUUCCCAUGCGACACGCGUCAACCAAAGCACCACAACCUCGUCAUGGGCAUUUCUGUUCUCCUUCGUCAUCUCGUUCAUCUAUCUGAGCUCACACUGAACUGGGAAGGCAUCCCUUCCUCUGUGUUUAACACGGCCACCGUCAACUUGACAUAUUUCGAAUCGAACGUCGAAGUUGACGACACCGUCAUCUCGUUUCUGAAUGUCCAACGCGAGAUCACCUUCUUGGAUCUGAAGAACUGGGGUGCCCACCUUCCUCCCCGUUCAGGAUCCACUUCGUCGAAGAAGACCUAUCCGAUUCCAAUAGAGCUCGCUCCAUCUUCACUGCCUCAUUUGGCCGAAUUCGUUGGACACGCCGAGGUAGCUUCACAGCUCGCCUCUUCCCGACCUUUGAAAGCCGUUAGCCUGAAAUCUGGCCUUGACGCUCACAUGUCAGGUGAUGAUUGGAGAGAAAUCAUGAGUGGGCUCGGGGAGUCUACGCAUUGGGUGUCCCAUCUCAGCAUUGGCCCAUUACCAACUUUCUCACUUGAAAUGCUCGCUUCCGUCGGUCGUCACCUCCAGGCCCUCGAGACGCUGCACGUUGCUAUUCAGCGUUAUCCUUACUCGCAGGAAGUUUUCCAUUGGGACUAUUGGAAGAACUACGUUCUUCCCCUCGUCGAACUGGAGUCGGUCGAAGUUGAAAUGGUCGACACGACUCCUAAGUAUCCCAUCAACCUGCCCACCAUUGAUCAUCUUCAGUCUUGGCAUCGCACGUGCCCACUCCUCAGGGAAGUGACCGUCAAGCGUGCAAAUGGCGACAUUGUUAUUCAGUGGCGAUGGGAAGGAUUGAAGUGGACCAAGGUCGGACAACGAUGA